AUGGAAUUUCCCGGGAACGCCAACACCAAUGUUCAUGUCAUUGAUGGGUUCUCCAACAUAUACUGGAGAAUAUACACGGAAGAGCCAGGCAUCACCAAUCAGCCUUCCGAAACCCCGGCCAAUGGUUACACCAUUUUGAAGCAUCUAGGUCGCCUAAAAGAUCUCGAAACUCGACUGAGGAGCUUUAAUUGUCUAGCUUCAUGUCCGAGGCGGCUUGGACUUUGGGUUUUCUCACCCACUCCCAAUUUUGAGAGUCUGGGUUCCCUGUACGUCAAAGAAGGGGUUGAAGAAUCAACCAAAAUAUCUGUUGAUGCUUCCACUUUACGAGUCUCCGCCUCUGGGAGUAUAACCUCGCUGGAUUUGAUCAAAGGCCUCUCUUCAGACACGCAGGGCCAUCAGGCUACCCCGCCGGCAGGUGCUCAAAGGCCUCAGCAAGGUCAGGGCUCCUCUCGGCGAACAGAUGGCUACAAUAGUUCGGCCGCAAUUUAUGGCUCUUUCAUCUCCGCUGUCACUGGCGCACUCAGCUUCCAGCUAAUUCGCCACCAUGGUGCUUUGCCCCUCGGGGCUCGCACCUUCUUUACCGCCGUGGAGAAGCUCGGCUACGAAAACCCAAGGAUUGACAACCAUAGUAUUUUGUCGACGUCUUGCCUGACGACUCUCAAUAUCCAAUUGACCGCGUCUGGGAGAUUGACUGUUUCCACGCAAACGAUCUCUCAGAUUGGCGUCACCCGUCUGUGCAGCCCCUGUGACGACAUAGCAGACGUCCUCAACAUUCUGCCAGGUACAGAUCUUUGGUUGUGUCCUUCCGGAACCGUUGCUAGGCUGGUCACGGCCAAUGUCGAGACACCCGUGGUAUCUUCUCCGGGCCUUUCGACUACUGGGAAUGGAAAUACUGCCGCAAAACGGCGACAGUGGAAGCUUGAUGUUGUUCAGUGGCUCGCGAAUUUUGGCCUGCCAGUUGACUCCAUCGAUGAGGAAAUCUGGGUGGAGAUCGAGGUUUGGGAGCCGUUUUUCGCCAGGCUGGCUGGAGAAGUCUGGAAACAAAGCGAAGAGUCUCAAUCUGCACUGCCUUUAAAGCGUAUGCUGUGGCCCGCCAGAUUCUGUUUCGUAAGGACGAAUUCGUCAACGUCCACAUCAGGCACUCGGCGCCUCCCCUCUCUUGAUGAACCCUUGGAGUUUGCAGAGCGAUGGCCCACGAAAGAAAUCUUUCUAAAGCCCGCUCACAGCACCCAAAUCAUCUCUGGCCCAGACGACAUGCAGGCCAAGGACCACGAAAUGGCAUCUCCAAGGGCUGACAUUCCAGAAAACAUGGAAAGCCUGUCUCGAAUUGCGCAAUAUCCUGAUCUGCAAACUGCAAAUCUCGUCUAUCCCACGCCACCAGAGGGGGCCACCACUAUCGGACUGCACCACGCUAAUCCAUCCGAAGCUUAUGCCGAGGAUGUCGAACUCGGAGAUGCAACAAACCCCACGAAGAACUUGUCAGGGAAUGCACUAUCGCCCGAAGCCGGCCAAGAUAUUGUUGUCGGCUCUGGUUUGUAUGAUGCAGACGAUGACGAGGACUUAUUUGGAGAGAUGGGUGGGAAAGAUUUCGGAUCCAAGGGAAUCACUGAUGCAGACUUUAGCUUCUUUGAUGACCCGGGCCUCGACGAUAUGGAUGAUACUGUGCCAAUGGAAGAUGCUCAGAAACCUUCGGAAGAUCUUCUGGAGACGAGCAAUCCUGGACUGGAUGAAACAGUAGAUGAAAAAACGCCCUUGGAGGUAUCAGAAACUCGAGCGGCUGUUGAACCCGACCAGCACGUUCUCCGCGCUGAGCCAAUGACUCUGCAACCCGCCGAUGAGCCAAUGAAUCUCGAGGAGCGGGUCGAAUCGCCCGAGGACAAGACAGGCCAAACUAUCAGCCCUCCUUUGAGUCCUGUGGAGAUCAAGAAAAUUCUGUUCCCAGGAUCCGAAACUGAAGAUCUUUCCAAGGAUAGUCGCGGGCAAGGGCAUUACCAACCCGUGGCUUUUGAGAAGAAAAUCGGAGAUUGGGAUCAAAAGUACGGGACCUCUGGCAAGUUCUGGUUCUCCCCUGGCGGAGUAUCAGCUGGAUCAAGCAAAGCCGCCAAUUCUAUUCCUACCAUCGGCAUUCCUCAUCGCGGCAAGAAAAUAAUCGGCUCCAUAAGUAGCGACAAGGCCUCCCCGCCGGAGUUGAUGGGUGGCCGUGUGCGCUCGGAUUCGGUAUCAAGCAGUAGCAGCAGCGAUGACAGUUAUGAGAUGGUCUCUGAGCACGCUCCGACUCCAAUUGCGUUGCCAUCCUCUUUGAAAAGGAAACGUGCUCCUUCGGGUUCGGAAAUUUUGUCUGCUGCGUCCCCGGAGAAGUCUCUGCCGGAAGGAGGCAUGCCGUAUAAGGCAGAGAACUCUGCAUUUUUGGGGAAUUUCUUCUCCAACUUCUCUGAUUGGUCUCUCACGGGAUACUUUUCUGCUUUGCGAACCAAACAAGCCCCAGUCCUCCUGCAUCGCGAAGAACAAAUUCAGAUUGCUCAGCUUUUGGUUGAUCAAAUCACCCAGUCAUCCUUGAAUCAUCCGUUGGACGGGCGGACAGGUCUUUUCGAUCUUGAGAGUGAGGGUCUGCCUAUACAACCCUAUUUCGAAGAGACAGCAUCCCUGGGAGAGAUUGCAAGAAUUGAACUGAAAGAAUACACAUCCUUGCAAGAUGAUCUUUCUACGCUCCAUCCACAGUCUCACCCUAAAGACACAGGUAAGGGGUCCAUUGCGAAGAUCUUGGCGCCACAUGUGCGUGUUCGUCGCGGCAAGGAAUACCUGGAAGCUCUCCCUCCGGUGAUAUCCUUUUGGGAAACAUUCGGUCUGGAGCCCGCGCAUGGGCCGAAGGAUAUCUCCGCGUACUGCAUUCGCCCUCAUAUUGCUUCAAAAGCGGCAGAUUCGUUCUUGAGGCGCUUGGGCGUUCUUUAUCAAAGCUGCAGUCUUGGGAACCAUGCUAGAGGGGACCUUUCAAGCGCGUUCGAGGACGGAAUGGGGACAUGGGGCCCUGAAUCGUUCAACCACUCCAGUUAUACGUCCAUGAUGCGGACCCUUGGAACCAUGUGUGAGGAACUUGGAACCACACUUUCGCAGACUGCAGACGAAGAAAGGAACUGUGUUGUGUAUAUUAUCAACCCAUUCGAUCACGCAACAGCGCUGGCCGACAUUUGUGCAGCUUUUUGGAAACUUCUCCAGAAUUCAGUCGCCGACGUGGACAACCCCCGAUCUAGGCAGAUCAACGAACCUGUCCUUCAAGUGAUACCCAUGGAUUUUGUCAUGUCAGGUGACUCGAUGGUUGUACCAUCUCAGACAGAAUAUCUGAAUCUGGCUUUGGAGAUUUACAGUCGGUGCUCGCCCAAAGACACCAGUUCUAGCCCUUUGCUUUGUUCUCCGCCAAUCCUCCUUGCUGAUUCUCUUCCCAAAUCCAUUCAUUUCCGGCUUGCUUCCGAGCGAGGAUCGCCGCUCCAGGAUGGAAAGAUCCUUCAUAUUGCCUACUCGAAAAGCUUGGACCAGCGCUGGGUUUCGGUAGCCUGGUCAGAUAGCUCCGGAUCUUCGCAAAAGUCCAUGUCCUACUGUCUACGCUAUAAGAACACCGGUGUUGCCAGGACGAUCUCAGAAGUGCGCAACGAAAUAUGGGCUGUGACCACUCACAUCAUGGAUAAGGCUCAGGCUCGGUGGAAGGUGAUACUGGUGAACACUGAACCUGUGGAUACUGAUGAGGUUGAAGCUUGGACAAACCUGGCAGAUCAGCAUAACAAAACACACCCGGGUUCUCUAGAACUAACAAUCCUAACUGUCACCACCGCUCCCGAUCUGGUCCUCGAACCUCCUUCUUCAUCCAUGUCAAUGAACGUCUUCAACCCGCAAUCCUCCUCUACACCCGUCACAACCCCCAAUCCAAGUGCCAGCAUCGCAUCCCCCGAGCAAUCCGGCACAGCAGCAACCCCCAGCGCGGCAUACAACGCCCCCACACCAACCGACACCUCCCCCGAAACCGACUCCGAGGCUGUCCUCGCAGACAUCUGCGAUGAAUCCUGGAUGGUCGUUCUAUCGCAUCGCCUCAACAGCUCCCCACACCUCACCGAAUUCCGCCCCGCGCUGGCAAGCGGCUAUCUCCUGCGUCGAAAGGGCACUACCGAUGGCGAUGGCGUGUUUUCAAUGACCGUCAACCUCGUAUAUACCCAGCGACCAUCAUCUUCCUCUCACGAGGGUCUUCUGAAAGAGACUAUGGGCAUGUACCGUGACUUGGCGUCUCUGGCCCGUGCCAAAGGCAUACGCAGUGUACAAGGUAAUAUCAUGCCCUGGCAUAUCGCUACCGCCCUUCGUGCGCAAGAGCUAUUGAGUUAUGUUUUUUGA